CAAAGUUGCUGGUGAGAGAAUCAAAAAACGCUGAUCAUUGUAACUUAUUCAGAUAACCGUCGUUAUUAGAAAUGUGCAACUUAAUUGUCUAAUAAUAGAAUAUUUUAAUGACAAAUACUAUAUAUACAUUAUAAAGAAUGGAAGGUCAACAAGGAGAGAAAGAUAAACGGAAGCCCAAAUGUCACCCGAUGUAUGGAUGGCAUCCAUCAUCAACCAUCCUGACUGUGGUGGUGAUGAUCGUAGUGUUGUCGGUAGUUGCAGUGGUUCUGUCAUACCACCACUACCAUUCCACCUCCUCAGCCUCCACCACGUCAUUUAAUAACCUAGUGGAAGGAUGGUUAACCCCACCGAAACGCUACACCAAAACCUGGUCUACAGCCUACAACUUUUCUGAUGACGUUGCCAAGCUGUGCGCGGGCAGCCCGCGACGUCUGCCGCCCUACGGCGGGUUGCCCAGUUUCUUCGACGCACUGCUCAACCCCGACGCUAAGUUCUGCUUCGCGUGGCUCAAGUUCGGGGGCGAGCUCAACUUUAUAAAUAAAAUGAUAUCGCAGAAUGGAGAUCAGUGCGUCAAUGGACUGUACGGCAGCAAAUAUGUUUGCUUCAAUCCUGAGUACAGGAUGAACGAAGACCCUUGCCUAGUUUACGCAUUUUCACAUCCCACGGAGAACCAGUUCGAGAAAGACAUGGAGCUUUUCAGCUGCCAGGUGCAUUCCUUCGUCAGCUACAAGCUGUGCGCGGGCAGCCCGCGACGCCUCCCGCCCUACGGCGGGUUGCCCAGUUUCUUCGCCGCGCUGCUCAACCCCGACGCUAAGUUCUGCUUCGCGUGGCUCAAGUUCGGGGGCGAGCUCAACUUUAUAAAUAAAAUGAUAUCGCAGAGUGGAGAUCAGUGCGUCAAUGGUCUGUAUGGCAGCAAAUACGUUUGCUUCAAUCCUGAGUACAGGAUGAACGAAGACCCUUGCCUAGUUUACGCAUUUUCACAUCCCACGGAGAACCAGUUCGAGAAAGACAUGGAGCUCUUCAGCUGCCAGGUGCAUUCCUUUGUCAGCUACAAGGUGCGUUAUUACAAAUGA